AUGCCCGUAGCCGUCGGGAAACCUCCUACAACAUUCAACCUUUUGAUUGACACGGGAAGCGCCAACAUCUGGGUUGGCGUUCACAAAGGAUACACACCAACCUCAACGAGCCAGACACAAGGAAAUGAAGUUCAAGUGACUUAUGGAUCAGGAUCUUUCGUUGGUACUGAGUACACCGACACUAUCGCACUAUCUCCAAAUAUGAUCAUCAAGAAUCAAUCCAUCGGUGUGGCCACAAGCACUGAAGGUUUUGAAGACCCCAAUGUCCAUGGUGUUCUGGGAUUGGGUCCAGUUCUCCUCACUCUAGGCACUGUUAAAAACAUGACCUAUGUCCCUACCAUCACGGACAACAUGCUCAGUCAAGGAAUUAUCAAAAAAGAGUCUAUCGGAAUCUUUUUUGCUCCAACUCCUGACAAGCGUCACAACCUCGCCAACGGCCAGAUCACUUUUGGUGGUAUUGAUGUGAGCAAGAUCACUACGCCCAUGAAAUAUGUCCCUAUUACCAAGUCCUUUCCCGCCAACCGCCACUGGGGUAUUGAUCUGGCCAUCAAGUACGAUGGAAGUGAAAUCAUGAGCGAAUGUGCAGGCAUCGUCGACUCCGGAACAACCCUCGUCAUGCUCGCGACGGAAACUUUCGAGAAGUACAAGAAAGCCACUGGCGCUGUCUUCGAUCGGGCGACUGGUCUUCUCACCGUCACUGAUGAACAGUUCAAGAAGAUGAAGAGCAUGGAGUUCCAUAUUGGUGGGACCACAUACGAGUUUAUACCUAAUGCUCAAAUCUGUCCUCGUGCAAUGAAUGAGACGAUCGGUGGCAGCGCGGACAAAAUCUACCUCCUAUUUGCCGACAUGGGACAACUCACUGGAGGAAUUGAUUUCAUUAUCGGUCUUGCUUUCCUGCUGAGAUACUACAGCGAGUACGACACGACCAACAAGCGAGUUGGUUUCGCCGAGACAGAAUUUACUUACGUCGAAACGAACUAG